AUUUGUUUAAGAGUUAAAGUUAAAGAACUGAAUUUUUGAAAGACUGAAUUUCUAGAAGACUGAAUUUAUAGAAGACUGUAUUCCAAAGCGGUUGAAUAAAAAUGUGACCGCUGAGGGCAACACUCGAGGUUGCCCAGUCACAUUGACGACCGUAAGGGUCUUACGAAUCUAUGUUUUUGUAUUUUUUUCUUGUCUUUUAUUUUUGUUUCAAUCUUUUCUAAUUUUUACCAUUUAAAUUCGCUACUUUGACUUUCGCGCUAGUGACCUUAACUUAUUGAUUUUUCGCUCUUUUAAUUUCGCUAUUUUGAGCCUUUACCAGAUCAAAUUGAUCUUUAACGGAGCUGAUGGUAUGCUACGUAAAGUGAUCUUACAUCAAGGUGACUUUUUUAAAACGAUUGACCUUAGAUUAAAAUUUAUGACCUACGGUACUCGACCUGGUGGGAAAAAGGUUGAAAAAAGUGGUGCUUACCUUUUCCUACCUGACUCAGCUGAAGCUCAAGACAUGGCUUAUUCAAAACCUUCCAUACGUAUAACUGAUGGUCCUUUGGUCAGUCGGAUGGAGAUUAUAAUUGACAAUUCAUUAAAAUUACAACAUACAAUCACCUUAACCAGAGGAAAACCUUAUUUUGAGAUUGAAAAUGAAUUUCAUAUGGUCAAGGCAGGAGGUUCUUUUGACAAUAAGGAGCUUUUAUUAAGAUUUUUUUCUGACAUUCAAAGUGAUAAUACAUUUUACACUGAUUUAAAUGGUUUCCAGAUGGUUAAACGUAAAUGGUUUGAAAAACUUCCCGUUCAAGGAAAUGUUUAUCCAAUGGCUAGUCUAAUGUACAUAGAAGAUUCUUGGACUCGAUUGAAUGUCCUUUCUGCUCAACCCUUAGGAGUGACCAGUCAACAUGCAGGUUUAAUUGAUGUCUUUCUGGAUCGUCGGUUGGUUCAAGAUGAUAAUCGAGGUGUUGGUCAAGGUAUAACUGACCAUCGACGGACUCGUGAACGUUUUAGAGUUUCAAUUGAAAAUCGUGGUCUCAAUCCCCUUAAGCCAACGUCUCAUGUCCAUCAAGAGUUGACCAAAUUACUCAAUGAACCUUUUCUUAUGCAAAGUGGAUCUUCCAGUAAUCAAGGAUCGUUACAAUUUAUGUCAUCACCUUUACCCUGUGAUGUUCAUCUUCUCAAUUUCCGAAGUGAUUUAAACACUCAAAAUGACUUUUAUCUUUUUCUCCAUCGUUUUGGUUCUACCUGUGAAUCUACCUGUCCAUCAUCUCAUCCAUUUACUUUGCUCCCUCAUCUUUCAAGGAAUAUUUUUAAUUCAAUUCAACCAACAAUGUCCACAAUGAGUCUCUCAUUAAAUCAAGUAUUACAAUCAAAUUUAAACAUUUCCAGUUAUCCAAUACAAUUGGAACAAAUGGAUUUUGCUGUUUGCAAUUUUCUUCGUUUCUCUUGGAAUUUCGUCUAAUCGCGUCGUAAAGGAACGUUCUCGUAAUCAAUCCGCCGGUCGCACUGAUUAUUUUAUAAGGAAAUUCUCGGCUUUCUUUUUUGUCUGUUUUUUCGCCAUGAGCAGCUACUUCGAUUUUUUGUUUUUCCAAUUCCUCAUGGGGAAUGUUUUGCCAGGAACAGAGAAACACUUAGUUUUAAAAACGGAUCUAACUUAAAUAGUAUAUGAAUCGGGACUGUUACUAACCAAGCGAUAGCAUCCUCCGAUUCGGAAA